CCCCCUCGUGUGACAGCCAGGUCUCCCCUGCAUUCAGUAAGGGACUCUCCAUUGUUGUGAAAACGAAGAGGUGGAAUAAACUCAACGUGUUUUAUGAAAUAUUGAUGCGUGAGUAUCUCGCUGGCGCGGUGUCGACUGUCUUGUUUGGGGUACUCCAGGAGCGCGUGUCCCUGUCUGAUAACACAAUCGUGCUCGAGCCGUGCGCUGUAGUCUAGUGAAACUUCACAAAUGCAUGCGUGCGCCCCACACCCGCGCCCAAAUUACGCACGCAGGGCGGUUGUUUAUAAGCAAACCCCAAGGUAAGCUCACGUUGAUGAUGUCAAGCUAAUGAAACAAUUUAAAUGCCAAAGGAGAGUGUCAGCUUCAGACUGAAGAGACUGUUGAGACGGUGACAUCAGAUAUGGGGAGUCUAGAGACUCAGACGCCGACCGAGAGCGCGCAGAACGCAGAGCGCAAACUUGAAAUGGGCAAAAAAGACAUUCACUCCAGGGUGUUCGUGAAUCGGAGUUUGACACUUGAGAAUAUAAAGUGUUAUGGCUUUGACAUGGAUUACACUUUGGCAGUGUACAAAUCUCCUGAGUAUGAAAGUAUGGGCUUUGAGCUUUUGAGGGACAUACUUGUGUCGAUCGGCUAUCCGCACGAGCUGCUGGGCUACACAUAUGACCCCAGCUUCCCUACACGAGGUCUGGUGUACGAUACCAAGUACGGAAACCUGUUGAAAAUAGACUCCAAUGGAAACAUUCUGGUUUGCACACACGGCUUUGAGUACCUCAGAGGCCCACAGAUCCAGGGAUAUUAUCCCAACAAGUUUAUCCAGAGAGACGACACUGAGCGCUUUUACAUCCUCAACACACUCUUCAACCUGUCAGAGACGUAUCUUUACGCCUGUCUCGUGGACUUCUUCACCAAAAGCACCAGAUACAAAAACUGUGAGAAAGGCUUCAAACAUGGUGACAUGUUCAUGUCACACAGGAGCAUGUUUCAAGAUGUACGGGAUGCCAUGGAUCACCUUCAUGACACUGGCACUUUGAAGGAAAGAACAUUGAAGAACCUGGAUAAAUAUGUGAUUAGAGAUCCCCGCCUCCCUGUUUUACUGAGUCGCAUCAAGGAGGUUGCCAAAGUUUUCCUGGCCACUAACAGCGACUUCAAUUACACAGAGGGUAUUAUGAAAUACUUGUUGGAUUCCCCGCAUGGCCCCAAGAACCCCAAAAAACCCUGGCAGUCCUACUUUGAUCUGGUGGUGGUGGACACGAAGAAACCAUUGUUCUUUGCAGGGGGUACCGUGUUACGACAAGUAGAUACGGACACUGGCAAGCUGCGUAUAGGAACAUACACUGGAGGCCUUCAGCACGGGACAGUGUAUUCUGGAGGGUCUUCAGAUAUUGUGUGUGACCUGCUGGAUGUUAGGGGGAAAGACAUCCUCUAUGUGGGCGAUCAUAUCUUCGGGGACAUUCUCAAGUCCAAGAAACGUCAGGGCUGGAAGACAUUCUUGGUCGUUCCUGAGCUUGUUAAGGAGUUGCAUGUGUGGACGGACAAAAACUCUAUGUUUGAGGAGUUAAGAUCUCUGGAUAUUUUCCUUGAGGGAUUAUAUCAGCAUUUGGACAGUGAGAGCCGGGAAUGCCCAGAUAUCAGUACCAUUCACGACAGGAUAAAGAUGGUGACAUAUGGCAUGGAUUUGUGCUAUGGGAAAAUGGGCAGUUUGUUUCGCUGUGGUUCCACAAAAACCCUGUUUGCCAGUCAGUUAUUGCGUUAUGCAGAUAUAUACUCGUACUCCUGCCUCAAUCUCCUGAACUACCCCUUCAGUUACCUCUUCAGAGCACCCCUUGUCCUGUUGCCUCAUGAGGCCGCUGUGGAUCCACCGACCAAUGAAAAGAGCACAUCAGAGCUGUCAACCCUUUACAUUAUUAAACCCACACCCAUUAAGCGCCAAUGUGAGUGUGAGGACAGUUAUUGUGGACAAGACAACUGUGUCCAAAAUAACCCUGCUCCAAUUGAGACGUAAGGACUGAUGUGAAGUUUUAUUACUGCUGUAAAUAUGAACCUCCACAGUAUUCAUCCCUGUCAUGUAUUACUGAUAAACAAGUGUUUGAGUUUGAUUUGCAGAGGUUUCUUGCCAUAUCAUUGAGAUUUAUUAAAGUCAUCAAUUAAGCUAGAUAAUAGUAAUCAUUAUAUUGGACUUUUAUAUUAAUGUUUUGUCUAUGCAUUUAAUAAGAUAAGUUCACGUUUGAUGUUUUGAUACAUGAUAUUAUUUAACAUUUUGUUUGUUGUUCAUGACUGGGUUUAAAACUAGGGUACCGGGUCACUGGUUUAGUGUUGGGUGUUCUCAUUGGAUAGUUUUUUAUACUUAUCUACUCACAAGUUGCCUUCCUUUGACUGCACUUUAUAUUAAAAGUUGCCAAUUUAAUUUAUACAAGUGAAUUUUAAACUGUUCUUCUAUUCUGCCUAUAAGACUAAUUUAAAAUGAGUUGUUAAUGCAUUUACCUUCUGUUGUUUUUUUGUAUGAAAAUUGUCAUGAUUUAAUAAAGUGCCUUAUUUUAAUCUAAC